AACCUGGUGGAAGAGUUCAAGAUGAAGGAGGACGAAUUGUGGUACGACCACCAGGACCUCCAGCAAGAUCUCCAACUUGCUGCUGAGCUUGGGAAGACAUUGCUGGAUCGGAAUACAGAGUUGGAGGAUUCUCUUCAGCAGAUGUAUACAACCAAUCAGGAGCAGUUACAGGAAAUUGAGUACCUGAUCAAGCAGGUGGAGUUUCUGCGGCAGAUGAAUGAGCAGCAUGCGAAGGUUUAUGAGCAGUUAGAUGUCACAGCAAGGGAACUGGAAGAAACAAAUCAAAAGCUUGUUGCUGACAGCAAAGCCUCACAGCAGAAGAUUCUGAGUCUGACUGAAACAAUCGAGUGCCUGCAAGCCAACAUCGAUCACCUCCAGAGCCAAGUGGAAGAGCUGAAGUCAUCUAGCCAAGGAAAGCAGCCGGGGAAGUGUGACCAGAAGUCAGCACCCAGCUUCUCAUGUCUUGAAGAGCUCCAUGACCUGCGCCAACACUUCGUGUAUGACCACGUGUUUGCGGAGAUCACUUCCUUGCCAAGUCAGCCAAGCGCUGAGGAAGAGGACAACAAGCACUUGAAGAAGGCAGUGAGGACGCUGCAAGCACAGCUGAGCCUGGAGUGGCAGAGGCGGGGCGGGGUGGGGGGUGUGCCUGGUGAAGGAGUAUGGGCUUUUGUGCUGAAGGAGGACGUAGAGCUGCAGCAGCAGCUGGGGACCGCCAGCAUCUACCAGGCCCGGGUGCUGGAGCUGGAGGCUGAAGUGGCUGAAAUGCGGAGGGUGCUGUAGUCGGAGCGUUCCUUCGUGAAGGGGGUCGAGAAGCUGAUGCUCGAUUCCCUAUUUGUCCCUUUCAAGGAGCCUGACCAGAGCCUGCUCGAGGAGAUGCAGCUGACGGUGCCUGAGGCCCAGCAGAGGCCCCUCAAGCGCAGCAGCAGUGAGACAGUACUCAGUAGCUUGGCAGGCGGUGACAUCCUGAAGGGUCACGAGGACACAUGCAUCCGGAGGUCCAAGGCUAUGAAGCAGAGGGGCGUGUCCCUGCUGCAUGAAGUGGACACUCAGUAUAGUGCCCUGAAGGCGAAGUAUGAGGAGCUGCUGCGGAAGUGCCAGCAGGACGGGGACUCACUGUCCCACAAGGCUGUACAGACUGCCAGGGCUCCGGCUAGGGACCCAGCUGCCAGGGACUCAGCUGCCAAGGACCUGACCACCACUGGCACCCCUGAGCCUGCCAGCUCCCCCAGCAACACAGCGCCUCCGGAAUACAAAGUGCUCUUUAAGGAGAUACUCAGCUGCAUCCAAAAGACAAAGCAGGAGAUCCAGGAGCAGAGAAUGAAAUUUCGCUCUCUCCCCUCUCCUUCCUAA